AUGUUCUCCAAGGUUGUUCUCGCGCUGCCCCUCUUUGGCCUUGUCCACGCCCGCCCGUUCCUCCAUGACCGCUCCUACGAUGAGUGGGCCAUUAACAAUGUCCGCGAUGACUCCACGUGCGCCAUCGUCACUGUAACUGUUGACGAGGCGGCGACGGUCACUGCUACCGGAGCUGUUGCAGCGAUUGCCUUCGCUGUCGGCUUCGACAACCGCAAGGAGACGAGCUUCGAGCCCGCCGAUCUGACGAGCUACCCCCACAUUCAUGUGCGACCAGCUCGUCAACUCCUGCGGCGCGGACGCCUUGCCAAGCAGACCUGCGCGUCUGCCAAGGCUGCCGCUGACACCGUCACCGCCAAGACCGGCGGCCAGGCCGACGCGUUUAACGCUGUUUUUGGUAUCCAGACCGACUUCGCAAGCGUAGCCGCCGUGAAUGACCAAGGUGUCACCCAAUCUGCCGCCGCAUCCACCGCUGCCGCGGCCACGACUAACGUCGCGAUUGCGAAAAGCAGCGCGGCCGCCGCUGCGUGUGCGGCCCCGCAGACGGCUACGGUUACUGUUACGGUGGAUGCGACUGAGACGGCGACGGCGAGUGUGAGCGUGACAUCGAACGUCGCGGUCGCUUCUGCAGCCGCUGCGUCCAGCACCGCGAGCUCGAGCGCUAUCGGCAACUUUGGCGGGCGAACCGAAACUGCGUUUGAGCCUAAAGACCUCACGUCGUACAACCAUGGCUCCGCGGACAACAUCGCCGUCAUCACGGGCUUCAUAUGCAACACGCUCACGAACAGUUGCGGCGCGGACCAGACCGCGAAGGACACCUGCCAGACCGCUGCCAGCGCCGCUACCGCCGCCACGCCCGCGCUGAGCGGCGCGCAGGCGGACGCGUUCAACGCGGUGUUCGGGGUCCAGACGGACUUCGCGAACGUCGCGCAAGUGAGCAACACAGGUGCUACGCUGGGCGCGGCAGGUGCCUCCGCCGCGGCGGCGGCUACAUCGAAUGUCGCUGUGGCGGUGCCUGCGACCUCUGCUGCUGCUACGGGUAGCUCGACCGCAUCCUCGAGCGCCAUCGGUAACUUCGGCUCGUGCUCUGUCCCCGAGAUCGUCUUCGCCACGGGUCUGGACGGACGCAAGGAGACCGCCUUCGAGCCUAAGGAUCUGACGAGCUACGCCCACGACUCUGCGCAGAACAUCGACAUCAUCACGAAGUUCAUGUGCGACACGCUCACGAACUCAUGCGGCGCGGACGCUACCGCCAAGUCGACCUGUGCGUCCGCCAUCACCGCCGCCGACCAGCAGACCGCGAAGACGGGCGCGCAGGCGGACGCGUUCAACGCCGUGUUCGGGAUUCAGACCGACUUUGCGAACGUCGCGGCGGUGAACGACCAGGGUGUGACUCAGGGCGCGUCGGGUGCCGCGUCGACGAAGCUGCUGCCGCCUCUGCGACUGCUGCUGCCUCUGCAAUCGCGAAGACGGGCGCAAGGAUGCCACUACGGCCGCUGCCACCGUGACCUCUGCUGCUGCUGUCGCGACCUCUGCCGCCCGCCGCCGCCUCUGCUGCUGCAACCGCGGCUCCACGGCUUCCUCGAGUGGCAUCGGCAACUUUGGCUCGUGUCAGUUCCGGAGAUCGUCUUCGCGCAGGGCUUGGACAACCGCAAGGAGACCGCGUUUGAGCCGAAAGACUUGACGAGCUACGCCCACAUUCAUGUGCGACACGCUCACGAACUCGUGCGGCGCAGACGCCACCGCAAAGGCGACCUGUGCGUCCGCCACUGCGCGGCAGACAAGCAGACCGCGAAGACUGGUGCCCAGGCAGAUGCGUUCAACGCGGUGUUCGGCAUCCAGACCAACUUCGCUAAUGUGCUGUCGUGA